CACAUCAUCAUCACCAUCAUCAUCUCCUAUCUCUCUCUCUCCCUCGCUUAGAGGAUCUUGAAAUGGCUGUCGUGGCGAUCGGGGUCAGCUCUCCGGCAUUCUCGCCGUCGACGUUCUCCAAGGCGCCCUCCUUCUGCUCUCCUCUGAGCAUCGCGCCGCCUCCGUCGCCCUUCCCUCCCCAGUCGCCGUCGCUGCCGGUGCCAUCUCCGGGUGUAGAGUCGACGGCCGAGGAGAAGGAGAGCUCGGGGCUGAGCAGGAAGAGGCCCGCGAGGCUCUCGAUCCCGAUGAUGGGAUUGGCGGGAUUCGGAGAGGCCGGGGCGCGCGAGGUCGGGGCGGAGGAGGUGGAGGUGCGAGAAAAUACGUAUGGAGUGUAUUCCAAGAGAGGGAGGAGAGGUCGCCUGCAGGAUCGCUUCUCCGCUGUUGUUGGAAUUCAAGGCGAUUCUAAGCAGGCCUUCUUUGGGGUAUUUGAUGGUCAUGGAGGAGCAAAAGCCGCUGAAUUUGCAGCAAAAAACAUGGACAAGAACAUUCUGCAACACAUGGCGGGAAAAAGCGAUUCGAGUAUCGAGGAGGCCGUGAGAGAUGCUUACCUCAAAACAGAUGCAGAUUUCAUGCUUGAAAAUGCUGACGGUGGUACCUGCUGUAUCUCUGCAUGGAUCCGGAAAGGUGAACUCGUUGUAUCGAAUGCUGGCGACUGUCGUGCUGUUAUGAGCAGAGGAGGAACUGCAGAGGCCCUUACUACCGAUCACCGUCCUUCGCUGGAAAGCGAAAGAGAGAGAAUUGAAGCCCUGGGUGCCUAUGUAGAUUGCUGUCGCGGAGUUUGGAGAAUACAAGGUUCGCUUGCCGUAUCCAGAAGCAUUGGAGAUCAGCAACUUAAACGUUGGGUAAUAGCAGACCCAGAAACGAAAACUCUACAAAUAACGCCAGAUUGUGAAUUCAUAGUCCUAGCUUCUGAUGGCCUUUGGGACAAGGUCACAAAUCAGGAGGCUGUUGAUUUAGUUCGCGCUAUGAAUGUCGAUAUCAAUUUACGCGAUCCCCUCUCGGCCUGUAAAAAGCUUGCCGAGUUGUCGAUGAGGAGAGGCUCGACUGAUGACAUAACUGUGCUAGUAAUUGAUCUGCGUCGUUUUAUCUCAUGAGCAGUAGCCCGUGGAGAAUGCACCUGGAGAAAGGGAAGACCCUCCCGCGCAAAGUUAGACUGUCAUUCAUCUGGGGACAAGUUCUUUAUCUUUCAGACCGAGCCAUCGGCUACUUACUCAUUCUAGCCAUCCCUGAUUAUGUAAAUGGAUCUGACAAUUAGAUAGAACUAUAGAAAUAGAAUAGUUUGGACUCUGUUUAACUGCUAUAUAAGUGUUACCGAUAGUUGAUCCUAUCCAUCAGAAGUUGUGGAUCUCUUGAAUCACUCAAGUUGAAUGUACUUGUAAAUUGUGACCUUCCCCCUGCUAAGAAUUCGCAUACUUUGUAUU